UCAGGCACAGCCAGACUCCAGCUCAUGUGGACACUGUAGAGCAGAAGUGAAGAAGAAAUAGAGUAGAGAGAGAGAGGAAGAGGUAAACCGCAAAAACAACCAAGAACUAAGAGGAGAAAGUACCUGAGGAGCACAAGAUUUCCAGUGCUGUCUAGGAAACAUGAUUUCUCUACUUGCCCUGCUCAUGUCUGUCUUUGGGGCUCUGAAUGGAGCUGCAGUCCAAAACGCAGGAAUUGAGAGGAUACAGAAAUGUGGCAUUCGGUGUUCUCAGGGCCUUCAUUGCAAGUCCAAGUCACAGUACCUGUUUUCCCCUCCAUGUCAGAGCGCUCCUGUGGGUCUCAACAGCUCGUCUGUCUUCCACAACGUCACGCUGUCCACGGUCAUGAGGUGUGAGGGGAGGCAGAAGUGCUCACUGCACCUCAGGGUCAGCACUGUGUUACACCUCACCGAGUCCAUCCAUGGCGUGUCCAUCUGCACGCUGACCGCUGGGAUGAUGGGGGCCUGCAGGCUCCUCAGCUUCUCCAAAGCGUCCAGACAGAAACUGGAUGGACAGCAGGUGGAGGUUACGAAUGAUUGUUUUGACAUGUCCCCCGACGAGGAAGUGCAAGUAACACUGAAAACUUUGCCAAGCUACUGUGGUGUUACUUGGACCCGCAGCUAUCGUAGUCCAGACUGCAGAAGUGGAGAUUUGCGACGUCACAUCCCAGAGUGCAUCACUGGUAGGCUAUGGUACGAUGUGAACCCAGAGAAGAAGGAGCUGACUGUCAGGGUGUCCGACAUGCUGGAGGACAAGGACUACCACCUCCGCCUGUGCCGUAAAGGCUUCAUCUGCACAGGCACUGGCUCCAGCGCACUGAUAAAGAAGGAGGAAACUAAGAAGAAUGCCACCCUGUCGUACUCCAGACCUUUGCCCUGCCUCUGCAUUGAGGGUUGGUCUGCCACGAUGGAUGCACCCAGAGUUCAAGUCUGUCCGUUUAAAGACCGUCUGGAGGAGCUGUGGUUUGGAGUGACCUACGACCCAGUGGAGGAGACGUUAUCAUGGGAACCGACCUGUCCGGUUACUGCAGAAAUCACGCUGUGCCAGAAAGGAGAGGACGGCGUGUGUGUGGAUCUGCCCCGUACCUCUCAGACCGUUGGCCGAGAAAAGAUCCUAUUUAAUAAGGUGGAGCCACACCCUGAGAUGUGCAUGAAGUUCACUGCAGGCUCUCAGUCCUGGAUCAGGUGCCCCUUUGCUGACAGGAGAUUCCAAGCAUGGGAGUUGAGCGUUACAAAGCGAGAGGGUCAUCAAGAGGUGGUCAUGUCGUCAGGGGUUACUGCAAACUUCUCUGUGGGACUGUGCGCUAAGUCUGAAGGAUCUGCUGUGUGUCAGCCUGUUGACACACACGCCGUUCAUGUGGAGAAGCAUCAGUCUGUGAGCUUAAAUCUGACAGGUGGUCUGUGCCAACCAAACUCCUGCCUGCAGGUGAGGAGGCUUGAUGUCAAGUAUGCUGUCACCGUAAUUCACUGUCAUCAGCAAUGUGAGGUCGAGGAUGGUGCAGCAGUCCGUGGCAUCCUGACAGACAAGCCUGAGGCACCGCUGGCCCAAUGGGAGCUGACCAGUCUCAUUGUGCCAGCUGGUGUUUGUCUCUCAGCCGUCAUAAUAGUCACUCUGGUGCUCCACUUCAUGCUAACUGUUUAUCACAAGAGGAGCCGGAAAGCACUUGGCAGUCAUGGUCCAUCUGAAAAGCACACAAGUGCCAAUAAGUGUAUGGGCCCUGCAUUACAAACUGACCCCGCUCUCCACAGCGAGAUCUCCAUCCCCGAAUCCCACCAGUAUGGGAACUUCGAGAAGGACAACCUCCUCUCCGACUGACCA